CAAUUUUUAGACUAGAAAAACAAUAUAGAUUAAACAUAGUUGUUUUUAUGUGGAAACAUGUGGCUAAGAUUAAAUGACCCUAGUUUUAGAUAUAGGUAGCCAUAUGAAUGUCACAUGGCUCAUUUAAGUAUAUAGAAUCUUAAUUUUUUUAAAUUAGUAUAGAAAACUGUAUGUUGCAGUAUAUUUAUUAAUUACAUAGCUUCAGUAGAUCACCAAAUGCAUAUAGCAUUUGCCAGUUUUACAAUAUCUUUGUUUAGCUAUGGGCUCUUUUAUUUAUGAAGCUGAUUUAUGCUGAUCUUGUCAUCGCUAUAGAGUUUUUAGGGAGUUUCCUAACCCUAAAAUAGUUUCUAGACAUCACCAGUAACAUCGAAAAGCAUGGAGUCAAAGCCGCGAAGUGUACUUGCAGCAUUUCAAGAGCAUUUGCAACUCGCAUCUACUAAAUGCGGUUCUCUCAUGGAACAGCUAAAUAUAGUUAGAAAAAAAGUCGAAGGCAAAGAGGCUAUGACUAUGAAUCUUUUAGACCCCAGUUCUAACGGCUUUAUGGAAAAUGUAAGUGAGAAGACUGUGCUUCAAUUAGAAGAAAUGGAUCUUCCGGGUCACAAAGAUGUACUUAUUAAAGAACAGAUGGCUGUAGAUAAUGCUUAUGUUGAACGAUCUACUGGAGAUAUGAAUUGUGACGAUAAUAAACCUUUAAUAAUUAGAUCAAGGUCCCAGCAUUCUGAGACCAUUAUCAAUAAAGAAGAGGUACCUUUCCUUGACGGAAACGUUACACCGAAUGAAAAUGAAAGGUAUGCUUUAACGUUUGAUGGUACGACUAAUCAUAAACGUCCCGAGGAGAAAAUGAUAAAAGAAACUGAAAAGAUUUCAGGGAAAUCAACCAUAAAUGUCAUAGCAGGCAAAGAUGAAGAAUCGUUUACUGAAGACGUAUCUUCUGAUGACGAGUCGAUACUCAUCAACUCAUGCUCAACAUCAUCAUCAUCGAAUGAUGAUGGCAAAGAACCUUCUAAUAACCAAAAUCUCUAUGAGGAACUUCUAAAAAGAUUGAAAGACAAUGAAGAAAAAAAAAACAAUAAUAACAAUAGAAGAAGCAGUUCAGAAAACAGCAGUAGUACAUUUAAAAAGUAUCAAGAGACCAAUAAAUCACCUAAGAAAAAUUCAAGCAACAGCACAGUAAAUGAAGAUAAUUUUGAUAAAAAAAAUGGUGACAUGGAAAACCUCGAUGAAGGAGUAGAAUUUUUUCUACCUUCAUCUGUCACUGAAAAGUUUCAGGAAAUGUUUUAUGAAGAGUCGGGAGAAGAAGACACAAUGCUACAAAACAACAAUAAAGAUAAAAAUAUGAGAGUAACCUUUGAUGAUUUGAUCAUUGGAAGGCCAAAGAAGCAUUCUUUAGGUGGAGACACACGUUCAGAAAAUACAUCUCCUCUUAAUCGGUUGCUAAACGAAUCUUCAAUACAAACCAAAGUUAUCCCAAAUCAAACUAACCAACAGAUCUCUAACCGUAGAGCAAAUGGUAAAGUAAAAGAAAAAAAUUGUGACGCUUCAUCUGUGAAAACUAAGUCAGAAAAACCAAAAAAACCAAACCCAACUAUUUGCAGUUCAACUGUGAUGAAUGUAAAGCUUCAUUCUCCAGAAAUGAAUCUUUACAAAAGACUUAACGGUGUACAAUUGAAACCUGAAACAAAGAAAACCGGCGGAAGAAAAGAUGUAAAAUCAAAAAAAAAUACAAUCACAAGUUCAAGACAGAAAGCUAAGCAUAUAAUCAUAGAGCCAAAGUUGAAAUCCUUAUAUGAUAAAAAACAGGAAGUUACUUUAAAAGAUUACAAAAAUAAUGAGAAUGAAGAUGAAGUUCCAAAAACUGUAAAUAAAACAGAGGAAUACGGUGGCGAAGACUUGAUUGUUAAAAACAAGAAUGAACAAAAAAAUAAUUUUGUUGCCGUAAGCAAAAAUGUUCACAAAAAAUCUGUAACUGAAAUCCUGACUACGAAUGCUCAGCCUAAAAAAGUUGAUGAGGCGAAACCACACAAUAUUAAAAGAGGCAUUGUAAAUGGAAUAGUGAACCAUAAAGAGGAGGUGAAAAAUAAUAAAAAUAUCAAUUCAGAAUCGAAAACUCCGAUUAUAAAGAAAAAUCAUGUGCAUAAGUUAGACGACGCGGCUAACAUAAAGGAAAAACCAUUCAAUUCAGAUUUGAAAAAUACCGUUCUAAACAAAAAUCAUGUUAUUGCUGCAGAUACCCAGAGCAUUCCAAAUGAAAAAUUGGUCAAAGCUGUUAAAAAAGCAUUUGUUAAAGAAAUAAAACCCCCUAAUACAAAAACAGAACAGCAAAAGAAAAGCAACAUGCGAACUUUAACAGCAACAAAAGGACCUUCUAAAAAUAAUUCUAUCAAUGAAGAAAUUUCUCCGAUAAAUAUGAAAUUGAAGAACAAGAUAGACCGCAUUCGUCCCAACACUUCAGCUCUUCCUGUGAAGAAGGAAUCGAAUAAACACAAAUUAUUAUUUGCCACGAGAAAGGAGGAAACAUUUGAAACAAGGAACCACCAGCCCUUCGACAAAAUAUCUAGAACUAAAGAGCCUUCUGAAAGUUUGAAAGGAAGGCAUCAUUUAGCAAGAGAAGCAGUACAUUCCCCGAGUAUUAAUGAAAUGAAAACUCAUACAGCAUCAUUUCCAUUUAUUCUGGGCCAGUCUACGAGUAAAACAUACAAUGUCAGAGCCGCGAUUCAGCAAACUAUGUCAAUGAUUAUGAGAUCGCCUGCUGAAACGUUACGUCGCUCAUCUUUUUCAGAAAUGUUGAAUGUUUCAUCAAAGGCAUCAACCCUGAGAACAUCUGCUUCGUGUAACUCGGGAAGGAAGGUGUGCCCAGCCUGUGUUGUGAGGGUCGAUGAGGAGGAUAAUGAACCCGAUGACCAUCCGAUAGACCCUUGGGACACUGAGUACCACAGUAAGCGGUUCAUCAGGUGCACCUGUAUGCCCAGGAACACUGUCAACUUCAAGACAGUUAUGAACCAACUUCUGCAUGAAACUAGUAGUUCUUACAUUCUUCCAACUGAAAGUUAUCCCGAUUCAGAAGUGGAAAAUGGUCAAGACAACCGGGUAAACAAAUCUCUGUUUCGCAAGAAUAAUAAUAUUUACAAAUUAUCGAAACUGUUGCAUACAUUACUUAAGAUUAGAGAUCUACUAGUCACUUGAAAGAAACAAAGGAAUCUGACUGGCAUAAACCUAUCUCCUAAAAUUUCAUUUUUUAAUUAAAUGAAUUAGGAUAAAUGAGCCUUAUUCUGGCAAUCAAUAAAACAAACAUGAUAUUGUGUGAUAAUAUUUUUUUUGUGGAAGAACGCCAAAAUGGAUGGCGAAGUAGGACCGAAAAAAUAAAACCCAGAAAUGUAAAUAACCUAUGUAUUUUUAUUAAAGAAUAGCAGCAACUGGUGAAAUUGAUAGCAAAUAAGCCACGUGAUCUAGUUCUGAUGAAAUGUCAAGAGAAAUAUGUGAAUACAAUAUGAAAGCUAUCAGAUAAUCUGUGAAAUGGCAAAUCAGCAAGAGUAUAUCUAUAAUUUGAGUGUACCAUGAUUGAGAAGCUCAAAAUGAUAUAUAAAACCUCAAAUAAAGGAAGAAAUGUGGCGCCCAUAUUUUCAUUAUUUGCUUUUCAACUUCAGAAGAGAGAAUAACUUGAUAACUCAUUGAAAAAUUUUGAAAUUCAAAAUGAAGAAACGAAAUUUAAAUCAUUCAUUUUGAAUUUCAAAAUUUUUUCUGAAGCUUGCCCACAAGAAUAUGAGUGAGAGUGGACUCAAACAGCAAUAAAUUAAAACUUGUCCCAUUAGUCCCUAAUAAAUUAAGUUUAUGAAUUUCUAUUUGUUUAUUAAUUAUUGUUUUCAUUCAUUCAUAUUACCAAACAUGGAAAAAUGAAAACGAACUUACCAUUUAUAUUUCAUCUGUUGGUCAGGUCAAUUGUAUGCCUAGAAGGGAGAGUUUUUUCACCUCUCGUGGUCUGUUCUUAAUUACCUGCUGCCAUAUUCUUGUGGGCAAGCUAUAGUUAGAGACCUGCAUAAACAGAUCCUCAUUAACUAUUAGUUUUUUCUCUUUGAUGUAUUAGAAUGUUCCUUACAUGUCCUAAUUUUUUCGGAUGCCAGAUGGAUAAGAAAAUA